AUGACAUUUACGGCUAUCCAGAUGAUUGUCAGUAUCACCAUCUUGUUUUAUUCAUGGGAAAUGUAUUGCGAUAAACCACUGCGUAUAUUUGUGACAGUCUAUGUCCUCAGAUUGUUCUUGACUGCGCCUAUUAGUAUUUAUCUGCAUUUAGCUCCUCGUCGUCGAAGGCCAGCAGUUAGUGUAGUGUCGCCUCGUACCAGUGCUCGAUCUGAACUCAGUGAAGCUUAUGCCAUGAGCGAACGCAACCGACCAUUAUCUUUUCCUCCUCCAGUUAUGCCAACCAACACAAAUCGAUAUCAAUAUCCUGCAUUUAUUACGCCUGUACAACAGCCCUCAUCAUCAUCGUCAUACUGCUCAGCCUUUGUAUUACUUCUCACUCUGCCUGAUUGUGUAUGGCUACUUGAUCCUCUCUGUUCCUGUCUUUCUGUGUACCUCUGUUAUUUUCUGCUUACCUUGUGUAUUAGCCAUGAUACCCAUAUGCCACCUCAAAAAAUUCAUAAACCAACACAACCAGAAAUCACCAUUGAUCUCAGUAAACCAGAUCAACAACCACAGCUUAGUUUACUUGAUAAAUUAUGGCUUUAUUUAGGCUUAGUAGAUCCACCAGGAACUCAAGUGGAGCCUGAAUACCAAGAUUUAGAAAUCCCAGAGAUUCAAGAUCAGGUGUCAGCAUCAUUUCCAUAA